AGAGGCACGUUUGUGGUCAACGCGUCGCCGAGCGGAGAUCGAGUGUUGCGAUUGUCGUGCGACAAUGUGCGCAAGGAGGACCGCAGAGUACGGGGAGGAACUUCGGGGACCGAAGGAGCGACAAAGUCAACAUCUGGACGCCGUUUCCAAGAAGCAUCGAGUCGGGUUAUGCGUCGCAGACGACAGUGAAGAUCUUCGUCCUGAGCGGCAGAAGCCAGAGCUCUCUCACAUUAAAAAGGAAGAUGAGGAUGAAGAGGUUCAUCACAUCAAAGAGAAAGAGGAGCUCCAGUCCCCUUACAUUAAAACAGAGGAGGAAGAGCAUGUCAACAUCAUAGAGGAGGAGGGGGCUAUCACCCAGUUGCCAUCGACUGGUGUGCCUUUGCCUCCUCACAUUAAAGAGGAGGAGCAGCUGCAGACCCCCCAAAUGAAAGAGGAAGAGGUAGUACCCCCGCACAUAAAAGGGGAGGAUAAUAUCACCAAGUUUAUUUUAUGCCAUCUGAUGUUGUUGCCAAAGUUGCCAUCGAUUGGUGACUGUUUGAAGAGUGAAGAUGAAGUUCCAAGUGAGGCGAACAGAGGGGCGGACCCUCCAAGCAGCAGCUCAAGUAAAACCUGCUCAGUUUGUGGUCAAACAUUCUCUCGAAAUGAACAUUUGACAAGACACACAAGAACACACACUGGGGAAAAACCUUUUGCCUGCUCAAUUUGUGGCCAAAGAUUCUCUCGAAAGGGAACCUUAAAAUGUCACACAAGAACACACACCGGAGAGAAACCUUUUACCUGCUCAAUUUGUGCCCAAAGAUUCUCUCAUAAGGGAACCUUAAAAAGUCACAGAGGAACGCACACUGGUGAGAAACCUUUUGCCUGCUCACUUUGUGGCCAAAGAUUCUCUCAUAAGAGAAUCUUAAAAUGUCACAGAACAACACACAUUGGAGAGAAACCUUUCGCCUGCUUAAUUUGUGGUCAAAGAUUCUCCCAGAAGCUACAUGUUAAGACACACAUGUGUGUUGGUGAGAACAGCAGUAAUCAAUGAAGGUUUCGCCUUUCAUCCGAGCAGGCUUCAUCAAUUCAUGGACCAAGGUCAGAUAGGACAGCUCUCCCAGAACAGAAAACCAGAACAGUCCAGUUAUGACCGAUUCAAUGCCCUGAGAAUGAAAUGACCUGGACGAAUAAAAAUAUUCACAGGCAUGAUGCGCAAUGUUGAAACUACGGGAAUGACUUUCAGUCUGUACAAUCUUCUUUUUUAUGUACCUUUUUAAAGGCCUCCUGUGGACAAGUGUUAUAAUACUGUAACAAUAAAUACAGUCCGGCGCUACAUCCGUAAAUGCAACUUGAAAAUCUACUAUGCAAAACAAAAGCCAUUUAUCAACAACACCCAGAAACGCCACCGGCUUCUCUGGGCCCGAGCUCAUCUAAGGUGGACUGAUGCAACGUGGAAAAGUGUUUUGUGGUCCGACGAGUCCACAUUUCAAAUAGUUUUUGGAAAUUGUGGACAUCGUGCCCUCAGGGCCAAAGAGGAAAAGAACCAUCCGGACUGUUAUGGACGCAAAGUUCAAAAGCCAGCAUCUGUGAUGGUGUGGGUAAUGUACACAUCUGUGAAGGCACCAUUCAUGCUGAACGGUACAUACAGGU